AUGGCUUUCAUUUUGCUGUCAGUGAAGGCUUGUGCACUCAGACCACUCAGAAUUAGAUACGACUUCAAGCUGGCGUGCCUAUACAAGUACUGCGAAGUCCUGAAGGAGGACCGAAGGUUAUAUCCGCGGUGGUGGGCCGGCGGCUUGGCGGGCGCCACCACGCAGUUAAUAACGUCCCCCCUCGACCUUCUGGAGACGCGCAUGAUGAUCAUCAAGAAGCGUAAGAGUAUUGUGGAGCUCGGCCGUUUGGCUAUCGAAAAAGACGGUUUCUUGUCCCUGUACGAUGGACUCAGUGCCCAGCUGAUGCGCCAGAUGACCUACAUGGCCCUUCGCUUUCAUCUGUACGAGACCGGGAAGAGGUACGUGGACGAGUACAACUUCCUGCACAAGGUGGGCGUGGCCUGCGUGGCUGGGAUUACGGCGGGAUGUGUGGGCAUACCGAUGGAGCUGGUGAACACCAGGAUGCACGUGGACCGGGUCCUUGCCGAGGAGAAGAGACGCAACUACCGGCAUGUCUUCCAUGGCCUGUACAGCGUGAUUCGCGACGAGGGUUGGACGUCACUCUACAAGGGCGGAACCUUCUCAUGCGCCCGGGCGGCCCUCCUCACCAUUGGCCAGAAUGCGGUCUACGAUCAGGCCAAGAUGAACUACAUGAGCUACUUGGAGCUCAAGGACGACAGCAAGAUCCUGCACGUGAUCAGCUCCCUGACGGCGGCCCUCCUCUGCGGUCCCCUGUGCCAGCCCAUCGAGAUCAUGAAAACGCUCAGCAUGACCACCAGAGCCCCGGACGGGGAGAAGACGGAGAAGCUAUUGAACUACAUGCUGCGCUUCGGACCACGUGGACUCUUCCGCGGAGUUGUGCCCAACCUGAUGCGGAUAGUGCCGAACACGAUCUGUACGUUUGUUCUGUUCGAACAGUUUCGCUUGUACUUUGGGUACUACGAUGAUGUCCCACGGGGUGACUGAAUGCCGAAUGAAUACUGAAUGUGCAACGAAAAUGCAGCUGUCUAAUGUUUCCUCCCUGAACGAACACCUUCUAAAUGUUAG